AUGUCAAGGGAAAACUUGAUCUUCAAACUGGAUAAUCUGGAGUAUCAGAUCCAUUACUUGCAAGAUACACUUCAAAAUUUUCAACCACGUUUACCUCACACGAGUAAACUUUAUAAUGUUAAAGGAAGAAAAAAUCAAAAACGACUACAACAGAAAUUGAGUUCAUUGAAUGAAGAGACGUUGUCGAAGGAAAUAGAUUCUUUAAAAGUCACUAUCUUGGACAAUAAGAUACAUAAUGCAGAAAAACAUUUAACUAAUAUUUUGCAAAAGGCAGUCACAGAUGAUACACGUAAGAAGAUCAAAUCAUCGUCAACCUCUGUUAACACUGUUGAUGAAUUUAUCGAUAGCAUCAUUGUUUCAAAACUAUUAAAAUUGACACGAGGCAGAGUGAUGAAGAUGGUUCAUCAGAGACAAUUGGAUGGUAUACCGAGUUGGUACGAACAUCAUGAGUUCGAAAAGAUAUGGAAUGAGAAAACUAAUAAGAAGAACCCCAGUUAUGUAUGGAAUGAAAUUGUCCUGAAGAUAGACGGUGCAGCAAAAUUUGCCAGUUCUACGAUGAAUAUGGGGAAAGUGAAAGAAAUUAUGUCUACCUAUGAGAAUGGUAUUAAUGUCUUACUAGGUAUUGCAGUAAGAGAACCAAAACCUGCCGAAAAGAAGAAGGUGAUCGUUGAAGAGAAAGAAUCUGCGUCUGAAGACGAUGAAGACGAUGAUGCCGAAGAAAAUAUCAGUAUUGAGGAUGAUUUGGUCCCAGAUCAGGAUAUUGAUGAAGAUACAUUGAAACAAUACGAUACAUUAUUAGCCGAUUCGGAUGCCGAGAGUGGCUCGGAAGUAGGUAAUGGAUUAGAUAACAAUAUUAAUUACAACGAAGUUACAGAUGAAGAACCUAGUGAUGAUGACGAUGAAGAAGAUAAUGGUACUACAGAAAAGAAAUAUAACUUGCCUCAACUGAUGAAUGGUUAUUACAGUGGUGAUGAUGAAGAGGCAUCAGAUCUAGAUGAACAUGAAGAAAAGCUUGUACGUGCACAAACAGAAGCACCUGAAAAAAAGAAUAGACGUGGUCAACGUGCUAGAAGAAGAAUAUGGGCUCAAAAAUACGGUCGUGAAGCAAAUCAUGUUCAACGUGAGAUCGAAGAGAAGAAAAAUGAAAGAGAGAAAAGACAAAGGGAAUAUGAAGAACGUGUAGAGAAACGUGCAGCCAAACAAGCUAAAUCCGAUAAAGUUAAUGCUAACUUAAUUCCAAUUGCGAAUGCCAAGAAAAUGGGUGGAAACUAUAGUAGUUCAGAUACUGUUGGUAAAGAAACUUUUGUCGUUAAGAGCGUCAAUGAGAAUCAUCCUUCUUGGGUUGCUAAGAUACAAGCAGAAGAAAAAUUGAAAAAUGCUAAAUUUUCUGGUAAGAAGAUUACAUUUGAUUAA